UAACCCCUCUGCCCUCCCCCGCGGGGGGCAUUUCCCGGUGUCCCCUGCCCGCCCCGUCCAAGCCGGGCGCCAUGAACGAUCAGUACCACCGGGCUGCCCGCGAUGGCUACCUGGAGCUCCUCAAGGAGGCCACCCGGAAGGAGCUGAAUGCCCCCGAUGAAGAUGGCAUGACUCCCACCCUCUGGGCUGCCUACCACGGAAACCUGGAGUCGCUGCGCCUCAUCGUGAGCCGCGGGGGUGACCCAGACAAGUGUGACAUCUGGGGCAACACACCCCUACAUCUGGCAGCUUCCAAUGGCCACCUGCACUGCCUGUCCUUCCUGGUGUCUUUUGGGGCCAACAUCUGGUGCCUGGACAACGACUACCACACGCCGCUGGACAUGGCUGCCAUGAAAGGUCACAUGGAGUGCGUGCGCUAUCUGGACUCCAUCGCGGCCAAGCAAAGCAGCCUCAACCCCAAGCUGGUGGGCAAGCUGAAGGACAAGGCCUUUCGUGAGGCCGAGCGGCGCAUCCGGGAGUGCGCCAAGCUGCAGCGCAAGCACCACGAGCGCAUGGAGCGGCGCUACCGGCGAGAGCUGGCGGAGCGCUCGGACACACUCAGCUUCUCCAGCCUCACGUCCAGCACCCUGAGCCGCCGGCUGCAGCACCUGACGCUGGGCAGCCACCUGCCCUACUCGCAGGCCACACUGCACGGCACCGCUAAAGGCAAGACCAAGAUCCAGAAGAAGUUGGAGAGGCGCAAACAGGGCGGCGAGGGCACCUUCAAGGUCUCCGAGGACGGCCGCAAGAGCGUCCGCUCACUCUCAGGCCUGCAGCUAGGUAGCGACGUGAUGUUCGUGCGCCAGGGCACCUACGCCAACCCCAAGGAGUGGGGCCGCGCCCCGCUCCGGGACAUGUUCCUCUCGGACGAGGACAGCGUCUCCCGUGCCACGCUGGCGGCCGAGCCUGCCCACUCGGAGGUCAGCACCGACUCAGGUCACGAUUCCCUGUUUACCCGCCCCGGCCUGGGCACCAUGGUGUUCCGCAGAAACUACUUGAGCAGCGGGCUGCACGGGCUGGGCCGCGAGGACGGGGGUCUGGACGGGGCAGGCACCCCGCGGGGUCGGCUGCAUAGCUCCCCCAGCCUGGACGAUGACAGCCUGGGCAGUGCCAACAGCCUGCAGGACCGCAGCUGCGGGGAGGAGCUGCCCUGGGACGAGCUGGACUUGGGCCUGGACGAGGACCUGGAGCCGGAGACGAGCCCGCUGGAGACCUUCCUGGCCUCCCUGCACAUGGAGGACUUUGCCGCCCUCCUGCGGCAAGAGAAGAUCGAUCUGGAGGCGCUAAUGCUGUGCUCUGACCUCGACCUCCGCAGCAUCAGCGUCCCGCUGGGGCCGCGCAAGAAGAUCCUGGGGGCCGUGCGGAGGCGGAGGCAGGCGCUGGAGCGCCCGCCAGCCCUAGAAGACACAGAGCUAUAACCAGGGACUCCUCUCCUCUGACCAAAAUGAAUUGCAAGUUGCCACAACCCCAGGGGGGCCACAAGGUCCUCACAAUUGCCAGCCCUGUAGCCCCUUCCUGAGGAGCAAGGACCAUGUGGGUCAUCUCCCUUGAAAGCCUGUCCAUACCUCAAAGCAAGGGUGUGGCCUGGAGGCAGGCUUGGGGACAACAGAACACCCCUGAACACCAGUGCUGAGUGUCCCAGAGCCCCAGAGCUGCCCUUAUCUGAGUGACCUUGAGAAGUACAUGUGGAUUUGUGGCCAGCCCCCAAAGGAGAGCAGGG